AUGUAUGCUCAGAGUCCUCAUCCAGCAGGUAGUUUACAAGACUAUAGAACAGCCUUAUAUACUGCUGAACAGUUCAAGUCUUUUGGUAUUCAUGCACAGAUUAGUGAAUAUUAUCCAUUACUCUCAGUACCAAUUCAUCGUCACUUGAGUAUUCAAUUGCCAUUGAAAGGAAUCAAGAGAUUAAAUCUCACAGAGAGUUCGAUUCCUGGAGAUUCAUGUACAAACAAUCAAGAUGCAUUGCCUCCAUAUUUUGGAUACUCAGAUUCAGGUAAUAUUACAGCAUCAGUCAUAUAUGUGAAUUAUGCAAGACCUAUGGACUUUCAGUGGUUAAAAGACAAUAACGUGACGUUAGAAGGCAAAAUUGCAUUAGCACGGUAUGGAAGUAAUUUUCGUGGAGUUAAAGUGAUGCUAGCAGAACAACAUAAGAUGGUUGGUGUUCUCAUUUAUUCGGAUCCACUUGAUGAUGGAUAUGCUCAAGGACCGGUCUAUCCAGAUGGUCCAUGGCGACCAGAAGGAUCAUUUCAACGUGGAUCAGUGCAGUACAACUCUAUUUAUGGUGGUGAUCCGCUUACUCCAGGCUUCCCAUCCCUACCUGGUGAACCUUACCUGAGCAAGGAAGAGAGCAAAACAAUUCCACAUAUCCCAGCACUUCCUCUUUCGUACGGUCAGGCUCGCUACAUUCUCGAGUUAUUGGGGGGCAAGAAAGCUCCAGAGACUUGGCAAGGUGCUCUUAAGCUUGAUAAUGGUGGCUAUUAUGUGGGUGACGAUGAAGCUACGGUUUUGAAUAUGGAUGUGGCCAUGGACAAUAGUAUUGGACCUAUUUGGGACGUUAUCGGUACCAUUGAAGGCACGGAGGAGCCCGACCAGAUGGUUCUGAUUGGCAAUCACCGCGACGCUUGGGUAUGCGGAGCUGUGGAUCCAUCUAGUGCGUCAGCUGUCAUGCUGGAGAUUGCUCGAGGGCUGGGUGACUUGUUAAAAGAUGGCUGGAAACCUCGUCGUACUCUUAUAAUCGCUUCUUGGGAUGGCGAGGAAUUAGGCUUGCUCGGUAGCACAGAAUAUGCAGAGGACCAUGCUGAGCUGUUGAAGAAGCAGGCUGUAGCGUAUGUCAACGUAGACAAUUUGGUCGGCCCCUUUGUGAGCUCUGGAGGCACACCGUCCAUUGCAAAGUUCCUGCAGGAAACGGCCCAGCUUAUUCCAGGCAACCCGUUUUACGGCGUGAAUGUCACGGAGAGCUUGUAUGAGCAGUGGGUGUGCUGCUCCGGCACAGAUUUUACAGCCUUUUAUCAGCACCUUGGCAUUCCCUCGGCUAAUCUGGGCUACACUAUCGGCAGUGCGAUGUACGGCACGUAUCACAGCACCAUGGAUAGCAUUCCGUAUGUGAGAACUGUGGGCGAUCCGCAUUACGCGACGCAUACUACGAUGGCAAAGUGGUGGGGGCUAAUUGCUCUACGCCUGGUAGACAACGCUAUCGUACCGUUUGACUUUUCAACUUACGGGCUUGUAAUGCAGAAAGGACUCGCCGGGUACGAAAAUAUAACAGUUGUUAUGGGGCGUAGUGUUGACUACUCGGCACUUCACGAAGCGAUUAGAAAGUUCAGCAGCAACGCCGAGGUCUUUCAAGCGCAUGUUUCUGAAUUUCUCCAGAAGACUACUACGAAGAAAGAAAGCCGCAAGUACAAGGCGGAACGUCACUUGUGGAAUGAAAAACUUGUGAGUCUCGAGCGCUUUUUGAUUUCAGACGCCGGGCUGCCUCAUCGACCGUGGUUCAAGCACAUGAUUUUCGGGCCGGGCUUCUACGAAGGCUACAAGGGAGCUACGUUCCCAGGUAUCUCAGACAGCAUCGUGUUUGAGGACGAUAGCGCUGCGAUUCAAGCCCAUGUGGAUGAUGUCGCCGCAGUCAUUAAUACAGCUGCGGCUUAUUUUACGUCUGUGUAG